AUGACAUAUUUGCGACAGAGAUACCGAUAAAAGUUACUGAACAUAUUUGCGCCGCUUCUCACUCUCGUGUCUCACGCUCAGACGCUCUCACCCUAAUUUAUUGGAACCCAUUUUCUCUUAAGUCCAACGAGCAACUCGAAGUCCCUCACCGCCGGUCACCCAUCUGUUCUCACCGCCGUUCAGUUGAGAUUCGUUGUCAUUUCACCACCGCAACAACAUCUUCGUGGGUUUCCAUUUUUGUGGUUUAUCAAGGAAUGGUGGGUUUAUCCGUUGGAGAACAACAUUUCAUCCAAGGAGGCGUUGCUCAAGACCUUCGUAGUGAUGGUAGAAAGAGAUUGAGUUAUCGACCAAUCUAUGUUGAAACCGGAGUCAUUCCUCAGGCAAACGGUUCAGCUAGAGUCAGAAUGGGUGGGACAGAUGUCAUUGCUAGUGUAAAGGCUGAACUUGGAAAGCCAAGCUUAUUGCAACCUGACAAAGGGAAAGUCUCUAUACAUGUCGAUUGCAGUUCGACUGCAGAGCCAACUUUUGAGGGUAGAGGGGGUGAUGAGUUGUCAGCAGAAUUGUCAAUUGCUCUUCAACGCUGUCUCUUGGGUGGUAAAAGUGGAGCAGGUGCUGGAAUUGAUCUCUCCUCACUUACUGUUAUUGAAGGAAAAAUUUGUUGGGAUCUGUACAUUGAUGGGCUUGUUGUUAGUUCAGAUGGAAAUUUGUUGGAUGCUCUAGGCGCUGCCAUUAAGGCUGCUUUGAGCAAUACGGGUAUUCCAAAAGUUCAAGUUGCUGCUGGUUCUUCAAGUGAUGAGAAACCAGAAGUUGAAGUGAGUGAUGAGGAGUUUCUGCAAUUUGACACAUCUGGAGUCCCUGUUAUAGUUACACUGACCAAGGUUGGGAGGCACUAUAUUGUGGAUGCCACAUUAGAAGAAGAAUCACAAAUGAGCUCUGCUGUUUCUCUUUCUGUAAAUAGGCAAGGGCACAUUUGUGGUGUAACCAAACGAGGAGGUGCAGGUCUGGAUCCAAGUGUCAUUCUUGAUAUGAUAUCUGUUGCUAAGCAUGUGAGCGAGCAGUUAACAAACAAAUUGGAUUCAGAAAUAGCUUCUGCUGAAGCUGAAGAUGAGUCAUGACAUAGAACAUUGUGAUAACUAGGAUGCAUUGUACACAUUAAUUGAUUAAUGGUUGACUUGGACAAAAUUCUGUAAUUUGAUAACAACUAGGCAUUAAAGCUAUUACAUGUAUGUCAGAAUGUAAUGCAAUGGUUGUGUGAUGUAAUGCAAGAUUUUAAGUUGCGGACUGAUGUGGUACACAAUGUUUAGAUGAGGUUUGCAAUCG